AUGGUUGGACAAAGAAUAGCAAACUCUUUACUGAAGAGAUCCGCCUUUUCGUCGGCUCUGAACGUGCUGCCCAACGAGGCGACCGCGGGCACAGGAGCCCUGCUGGAGCCUUCUAUCCAGCAGCAGCAACAGCAGCAGUCGGCGGUUAACGAGCAGUUCUCCCACGCCAGACCGUACACCGACGUGCCGGGUCCGAAAGGGUUGCCGAUGAUCGGCAACUCCUGGCGCUUUGCUCCAAUCAUCGGCCAGUAUAAGAUCGAGGAUCUGGACAAGGUAAUGCAGGAUCUGCACCGGCAGUACGGGCGCAUCGCGAAGGUGAACGGUCUGAUCGGUCAUCCGGACCUGCUGUUCGUGUUUGAUGCCGACCUCAUACGGCACACGUUCAAAAAGGAGGAAGUCCAGCCGCACCGACCGGCGAUGCCUUCGCUGCGUAACUACAAGUCUAAGAUGCGGAAGGAUUUCUUCGGUGACAACAUGGGCCUGAUCGGUGUUCACGGCGAAAAAUGGGACGCCUUUCGCGCACAGGUCCAGCAGGUGAUGCUGCAACCUUCGACGGCAAAGAAAUACAUCGCCCCUCUAGACGAGAUCUCCUGCGACUUUAUGGACAGGAUCCAGGAGAUGCGUGACGAAAAUAAUGAACUCCCGGGAGAUUUCCUGCACGAGCUGUACAAGUGGGCACUGGAGUCAAUCGGUCGAGUGGCACUCGACACACGUCUCGGCUGUGUGUCGAAGGAUGGCAACGACGAAUCGAAGCGCAUUAUCAACUCCAUCAACACCUUCUUCUGGACCGUGGCCGAAGUCGAGCUAAGGAUGCCGAUCUGGCGCAUCUACGAGACGACCGCGUACAAAAACUACAUCGGUGCCCUGGACACAUUCCGAGAGUUGUGCAUGCGGCACAUCAACAUCGCCAUGGAAAAGAUGAACAGCAGCACGGAACAGAAGAGCGAAGAGUGUAUCUCACUGGUGGAGCGAAUUCUGCAGAAGACGAACAAUCCAAAGAUUGCGGCCGUGCUAGCGCUCGACUUGAUAAUGGUUGGCGUCGAUACGACGUCUGUGGCGGCGACCUCGACGAUUUAUCAGCUCAGCCAAAACCCGGACAAACAGGAGAUCCUGUUCAACGAAAUCAAGCGCAGUAUGCCCACGCCGGACACGAAGUUUACGAUAUCGAUGCUUGAAACCAUGCCGUAUCUGCGGGCUUGCAUCAAGGAAACAUUGCGCAUGUAUCCGGUGGUGAUUGGAAACGGACGUAGUUUACAGACAGACGCCAUCAUCGGUGGAUAUCACAUUCCGAAGGGGACACACGUUAUAUUCCCGCAUCUGGUCGUCUCGAACCUAGAACAGUAUUUUCCCGAACCAGAGCGAUUCAUCCCGGAGCGGUGGUUGAAGCGAGGCGAGCUAAAGGAACACUCCGGAUGUCCGCACGCUGGUCAGAAAAUCCACCCGUACGUGAGCCUACCUUUUGGAUACGGUCGGCGGACCUGCAUUGGGCGACGCUUUGCUGAGUGCGAGUUGCAGAUCCUGCUCUCGAAGCUUUUCCGACGGUAUCAGGUGGAAUACAAUUACGAGAAGCUCACUUACAAGGUGAACCCAACCUACAUCCCCGAUAAACCGCUAAAGUUCAAGCUCACCGAACGGACCAGCUAGGGAAGCAAAGUGGAGCCAGCUCAGCAGGAGCGUACGGACAAUUAAAACAGCAGGCAGUCGGUCUGAGCUAACCUUAUGUACAUAUACCAGUA